AAUGAUAAUUUUAGUAAUCCUACAAAUCGUUUAUUAGUUGCAAAAAAUUUUGAAGAAUUUUUAAUUAAAGAAACAAACAGAUUACAUGUAAAAGGACGUUUUAUACAUAUUGGCGAUGAAAAUAUAGAUAAUACAAAACACUUAUCAGAUCGCUUAGGUUAUGAAUUUUAUCAUGCUAAUAAUGGUAAUGCAUCGACAUUUACGCAAAGUUAUAUUCAAGCUACCACGACCACUACUCGGUUUACUACUGAUACUAGCCUUGUCGCUAGAACAACAACACCAAGACCAGUAAAUAUUAAACAAAAUAUUAGUAUUUUAGACCUGAUUGCCUCAUCUCCAGAGGUACCUUCAACGUACAUUGAACUAACGGAUCGAAGUAGACUGAUAACAGAUUAG